UCCCACUGUAGUGCGGACAAAGGAGAAGGAACAGUGCGAGAGGAAAUGGCCGUCGUUUUCCAAGAGCAAAUGGCUGUUUGUAUCGUGAUGGUGAAGAAUUUGUCGGAAGACUUCAGUCUUCACGUCAGCGUGAUGAUGAUGAUGAGGCGGUCCACGACCUUUCCUGCAACAGUUUUCUUUGAUCGUCUUAGCUUUAUUAGCGCAUCAAGAAACGAGCGGAGGAAGCGCAUCCUCUUCCGUGUUCCCUCCGACAGGAGAAGACGGAAAAAACGAAAGCGAGCGAAUUGCUUGCGAUUUGCUGAUUCCAUGGAAUCCAGGACUCGCUUCCUGCAUUCCCCUGCGAGGAAUUGAAGAGUAUUUCAUGGAAGGAAUGGAAGAAUUUGAGGUACGAGCUUCAUCGGGGAAAUCCCGACGUCUCCGGAGAUCUGGGAGGCGGUAGCUGCUGUUCGUUGAAAAGACGGUUUUGAGAACAGGCUUUUGAGCAAUUUUUGGUGAAUUGGAGACGAAAAAGGAAGGGAGUUUCUCUUUCCACACGUCUUUCUUCGCUAGGAAUUUCAGAACAAAAGAGAUGCUACUUUUGACAUGCAUUACGAAAUUUUUGCAACUUCUUGUUCUGGAUUUUUCGGUUGAUAUGGAAGCUAGGGUUUUGAAGAGGUUCUUACGCAAUUUUUCUCUUAGAAGCAGUUCCUUUGGCCGGCAGAAAUUUCCUACUUUCGCUAUAAUAAUAAACCUUUGGAACUCGAACUAGAUACAAAAACAAAAAAAACAAAAAUAAUUCUGCUUCUUUUUGGAGAUUCUGUUUUUGUUCUUUUCUCGAGAUGAUUUCAAGUUAAUUACCUACUUUGCAGCAGUUUUGGAGGUGAGUUUUAGGAUUGAAAAAUUUCCAGUUUCUUCCUUUCCUGCUGUCCUUCAAAUUCAGAAAGCGCGUCGCCUCAAUGAGAACGUCGUUCAUGUGCUUUUGAAUUUUAGAAAGAGGAGAAAGGAUCAGAACAUUGAAUUUUCCAGAAAUAGAAGAAUUUCGAAGUGCAGAAAAUACUUUGACUUUUGUUUUUCAAAUUCCAAUGGCUGGAUACCGCAGCUUUCUUCGUCUUCUCGUCCCGUUUUUUCUCUUCUCUUUGACUCUUGCCGCCGCCGGGAACCCAGAGAUUUUGGCUCUGCUCCAAUUCAAGCAACAGCUGGUGGACCCGACCCGUUCCAUGUCCAGUUGGAUCGACGGCCCUUCCGGAUCCCCCUGCAAUUUCACCGGAAUUUCAUGCGACCGGAUUUCCGGCCGCGUCAUCGGAAUCUCGCUUGAGAACAGGUCUCUCUCCGGAAGUCUCUCUCCUUCAAUCUUCCGGCUUCCGAGCCUCACCGUCCUGAAUUUGGGGUCCAACUCGAUCUCUGGCCGGGUCCCGGCACAUGCCGCCAACUGCUCGUCUCUCCAAACUCUCAACCUGUCCAACAAUGCCCUCGAGGGGACGUUGCCGGACUUGUCUUCCCUCAGAGACCUUCGUUUUCUUCAUCUCGAGGGCAACUCUUUCUCCGGCGAGUUCCCCGCGUGGGUCGGGAAUUUGAUUAGCUUGACAUCUCUGAGUUUAGGAAAGAACCGCUUCAGUGCUGGACCCAUCCCGGAGAGCUUGAAGUCACUAGGUAAUCUUUCGGAUCUCUACUUGGCCUGGUGCAAUUUCACCGGCGAUUUGCCGAGAUUUAUCUACCAGCUGAAGAAUCUGGAGUCCCUCGAUCUCUCCAACAAUGCUCUCAGUGGACAAAUAUCAAGCGACGUCUCCAACUUGCGGAAACUGUAUAAGAUCGAGCUCUACAUGAAUCAUAUCAAUGGGCGACUACCACCGGAGCUGGGAAACCUCACUCUUCUCAAGGAAUUUGAUGUCUCCAACAACAUGCUCACGGGAGAACUACCUGAAGCAAUGGGCCAACUUUCAAAUAUCACCGUCUUUCAGGUACAUAACAAUUACUUAACUGGCGGGAUCCCAGUCCGCUUCGGCCAAUUCCGUCAUCUGGUCGGGUUCUCUGUUUACCGGAACGGAUUUUCCGGUGAGUUUCCUCCAGAUCUUGGGCGAUAUUCACCAUUAACUAGCAUUGACAUCUCGGAGAAUGAUUUCACUGGCAAAUUUCCGAGAUACCUCUGCCAGAAUUCCAAGUUGCAGUUCCUACCGGCCCUUAAAAAUAAGUUCACUGGCACACUACCGGAGGAGUAUGCUUACUGCAAAUCUUUGACGAGGUUCAGGGUUAGUGACAAUUUGCUGAGUGGAAGAAUUCCUGAUGGACUAUGGGGCUUACCUUCUGCCGUCAUUAUCGAUCUAUCUCGGAACAAUUUUGUGGGGGAAAUGAGUCCAGAGAUAGGACUGUCAGUCUGUUUGACAGAGCUUCUAAUUGACCAGAAUGGAUUUUCUGGUAGAUUGCCACCUGAGAUCGGCCAGCUGCUGCAACUACAAAAACUCAUCGCCAAUAACAACGGCUUUAGUGGUGCAGUGCCAUCUCAGAUUGGGGGCCUUCAGAACUUGACUUCACUGCAUUUGCAGCAGAAUUCUUUGACUGGACCAAUACCCCCUCAACUCUCGAAGUGUAGCAAGCUUUCCGUCCUCAACUUAGCAAAUAACUCCUUAACAGGACAAAUUCCACUUAGCUUCUCAGAGUUGGUGUCUCUGAACUCACUGAAUUUAUCUAGAAACAUGCUCUCCGGGUUUAUUCCUGAUAGCUUACAGUCGCUAAAACUGAGCUCAUUUGAUUUCUCGUAUAACUAUUUAUGUGGGAAAAUUCCUUCCACGCUUCUCUUGACCGCACUUACAGGCGAGGCCUUUGCCAACAAUCCUUGUCUCUGCGUUGAUAGUCAAGGUCAAAACGAGUACCAUCUGCACGUUUGUAGCCCAAGCUUUUACCACAAGCACCUUGCUGAAAAAAAAUUGCUUGUUGUCUGGGUUGUGGGAGUUAUAUUUCUACUUGUCUCUGUAGCGUUGUUAAUAUUGCGCUAUAAGAAAUUUUACCUCAUGUCCCUGGCAGAAUCAGAGUUUGAUGGUGACAAACUGGCCAAUGAGCUUAUGUGGGAGAUGAAAUGUUUUCGGCAGACCAACUUCAUUGCUAAAGAGGUCUGCAAUCUGCAGGAGAAGAAUUUGAUCGGCAGUGGUGCAAGUGGCAAAGUUUACCGCCUGGAUUUGAAGAACAGGGGAAGCGUUGCAGUAAAGCAGUUCUGGAGAAGCCCCGUGUCGGCGGAAGCUUCAGAAACAGAACUAGAGGUGCUGGGGAGAAUCAGACACAAGAACAUUAUUCAGCUUUAUGCUUGCGUUUAUGGAGGGGGACUGAACCUGCUUGUUUUUGAGUUCAUGGAGAACGGCAAUCUACGGGAUGCACUAAGCCAUGAAAGAAAGAAGGGAAGGCAGGGACUAGAUUGGCGCCUGCGAUACAAAGUGGCUACUGGAGUAGCUCGAGCAAUUGCAUACUUGCACAACGAUUGUGUGCCUGCCAUUAUUCACGGGGACAUCAAAUCGACCAACAUUUUGUUGGAUGGCACUUAUGAACCUAAGAUUGCAGAUUUCGGCACCGCCACAACCAUUGGAAGUUUAGCCGAGGAGAAUGAUUCCAAAGGUUCAGAUUUUGUCGGCACACACGGUUACAUGGCUCCUGAAUUAGCUUAUACCACGAAAGCGACAGAGAAGAUUGACAUCUACAGCUUUGGAGUCGUCUUGCUGGAGCUGGUAACUGGCCGGCAUCCAGUUGAGCCAGAAUUUGGAGAAGGUAAUGACAUCGUCUACUGGGUUUCUUCUCACAUUGCUUGUAGAGAAGAAGUUUUGAAGGUUCUGGACCCGAGGAUUUCCGCAUCUGCGGAACACAGCAUGAUGAAGAUGCUCGGGAUAGCUCUGCUAUGCACCACCACGCUUCCCUCUCUGCGUCCAACCAUCAAGGAAGUGAUGAAAAUGCUCCUUCACCCUUAAUCUUUUGGUUACCGAGUCGAAGCAUUCUGGUAAUGGCACCUAUCACAGUCUUUUCCGUAAGAAUUAACCUUAGCAGCAUAUUUAGGUUAUCUCCAGAUUGUCUUCCUGAUAUUGUUCAGUGAAUACUGUUUGCAGCCCAUCUCUUUUGCUUGCUAAUCCAUAAAUCGUAUCUGUUGUAUAUAUCUCUUUUUAUGGAGGAAAUUAGUACGCUUUAACGUAUAUAGAGAAUUACCUUUCCUUUUGUA